AUCCAGUCCUCCUUCCAAACUUUGGAAAUCUUUUUUAUUCUAAUCGCUAGGGUUUCUCAACUCUGCCGAAACCAAGUUUAGGGUUUACAGCCACUCUGAGCAGAUCUCUCUCCCGCUCCUGAUUCCCCUUGAGUCAGAUUUGUCAAGAUGUAUACGUCAAGGAACAGGAUCCAGAAAGACAAGGGUGCUGAACCCACUGAGUUUGAAGAGUCGGUUGCGCAAGCAAUCUUUGAUUUGGACAAUGCAGGCACAGAUCUGAAAAGUGAAUUGAAGGAUCUCUAUAUUAAUUCUGCUGUUCAAGUUGAUGUGGCUGGGAACCGGAAGGCUGUUGUUAUUCAUAUACCAUAUAGACUGAGGAAGGCUUAUCGCAAGAUACAUGUUAGGCUCGUGAGGGAGCUAGAGAAGAAAUUCAGUGGAAAGGAUGUGAUCCUGAUUGCCACACGGAGGAUGGUGAGGCCUCCAAAGAAAGGCUCUGCUGUUCAACGACCCCGCACUCGUACCCUAACUGCUGUGCACGAGGCAAUGUUGGAGGACGUUGUUUUGCCUGCUGAGAUUGUUGGGAAGCGCACCAGAUAUCGACUUGACGGAUCCAAGAUAAUGAAGGUGUUCUUGGACCCCAAGGAACGAAACAACACCGAAUACAAGCUGGAGAGCUUUUCUGCAGUUUACAGGAAGCUUUCAGGAAAAGAUGUUGUGUUUGAGUAUCCAAUAACUGAUGCUUAGGAACAUUUUGUGCGGUGACACCUUUUAAAUACCCUUGCCCCCUUUUCUUUAAUUAUCUGCAGAACUGAAUUGAGCAGGCAGUCAAUUUAAAAUUUUGAUGUUGAGGACGUUUAGUGCGUGUGGAAGGAUUUUGUUGGCUUCUUUAUAUCAUUCAGAGUUGCAUCUGUUCAAAAUCGUAUUUGGGUGUUAUUAUCUGUGAUGUGGCUUGAAUGUUCAUUACGCUUGUCUA